AUGCUUGCGUUGCUCGACCGUAUUGAAGGGGUCAACUGGAAUAUUCAGAAGCUCGGCUGUGCAGCAGGAUGUCUAAGUUUAUCAGACAUUGCCUUCCAACAUUCGGGCCCAGAAUCGGGGCUUAGUACCACCGUCGGCUUCACCGCCGUGAUUGCAGUAUGUCGCUCAGUCGAGUAUACUUGGGAUAAGUCCGUGGAUGGACAUGCAAGCGCCGCUACGAUUGUCCGACGGUCAUACCUGCAAUACUACAACCAAGUUGAGAACUACCUGCACAACAUCGCAAACAUUGUUCUGUGGCUGAUUCUCGAAUGCGGCAUCGGCAUCAUCGCUGGCUCUCUUCCAUCUUUUAGAAGACUGCUCAAUUCCUGGCUAGAUAAGUCCAGUAAAGUCUCAUACAACAACACGGGGUCAAAUGAUCUAAACGCAAUAUCCGGAGGGCAGGCUGGAGGCACUGGGGUGAGAAUACAUAACCUCAGCGGGCGAGGUAUGACAGUUUCGAACUGCCAAAGUGGCCCUCACGACAACUGGGUCCAGCUGGACGAUGAUUCUGAAAGCCAAAAGCACAUCAUUAUGAAGACUCAAGAAAUGACCCUACAAUAUGAAAGAGAGGGUCAAUAUCGUGGAAGAUAG